CGAUCAUAGCGUAGCGUUUAGAGCGUAGCAUUCAGAGCGUUCAGAAGUACUAAAUUGACCGCAGCCUAUGGCUGUAUUCCGAUAUUAACUGCCAGUACUGAAAAUGUAUAAUAUAUGUGACGUGAACUAUAAAUUUUCAGUACUGCCAGUAAAAACGGAACACAGCCUCUGUGCCAUCUGGGUGAAUAGACAGAUUUUUGAAACUAAAAGUUCAGGAUUUCUACCCGAUCGGUCAUGUCAUGUUAUGUCGUUAAGUGCAGUCAAGUGGUAAAGUCCGUUUGGAGUGGUAAAAUCAGUCAUAUUUUUUCUUUAAAAUAUUUGCUCCAAGACAAUCAGCCUGCUGGGACGAGUAAUAUCGUCCUGUGAUUUGUAUUCCUCCCAUCGAAUUUGUAGGUGUGAUCGUUCCGGUGAUACAACAAUCGGGGAUUAAUAUUUAAAACAUUUAAAUAUUUUUAGAAUAAAAUGGCCAAUAAAGUGAGAUGGAAAUGUAUAAUUCCACAUUGCUCAUCUCCUGCUAGAGCUCCUGGACAUUAUUUUCCUAAAAAGAAUCUCCUCUUAAAAAAAUGGCUAGAUGCAAUAUCAAUACCAUGGAUAUCAAAUCUGCCAGCAGAAGAAAUUAAAAAAUGUAGAAUUUGCCACUUACAUUUUAAUGAAAACUCGUACAUUUUUAGUUUGCAUCGUAGACGAUUAAAGCAUAAUGCCAUUCCAAAUCAAAAUUUAAUAAUUAGAACAGAUAAAAGUGAUCAAGUUUCUCAACUUAAUCAAAUCCAAGAAAAUUCUGAAAUAAUUGAAACAGUUGAAGCUGAUAUUUCUCCUAGUAUGAAUGUACCUAGUACAAGUCAAGUCCAAGAAGAAAAUAUCACUUUGGAAAACCAUGUAAAUAUUGAUGAGGAACAACAAACAACACAACCGUUUGAUCUAAGCGUAACAAUGUCUAAAAGUUCUACAAGCCGUAUUCAUAGACCUAUACUUGGCAAUAUAACUAGAAAGAAGUCCUUGAAUCCAACAGCGAAAGAAAUGUACGAUAAAUGUAGAAUGCUUACGAAACAAAAUAAUGCCUUGCGUAAGAAUCUGAUAAGUUACAAACAACGGCUGAAGUAUGCUACUAAAUUUACUACUCUUAAUUUUUGGAAAAAAUAUUCUGCACUAAGUAAUAUACAAAAAACAUUUAUAGAUAUGCAAAUUAAAAACAUAAGAAAAAAGCCCAAGGUAAAUUUUUCAAAAUUUUGUACAAAAAUUAAAUUAGCAUUAAAGAGUAUAUGCAAUGAUGAACAUGCUUCAUUAUUUUUAGAAAACAUAGGAAUUGAUUCAUAAUCAUGGAAAACAGAAAAUUUAUAAUAAUCAAAA